AUGCAUGCAUAUCCAACUUAUACUUACCUUACACGUCCCGGAAGAAGUGAAGAAGAAGCUGCUUCAAUAAGAGCGAAUAAUUUGAUACUUCCACAAUUUGGAUUAUUUUAUUUUGAAGUCCAUAUUAUUGAUCAGGGAAAUAAUGG